AUGGUAGGAUCACGCAAAGGUCAGAUAUUAGAAGAACAAGAAAAUGCAGCCGCAGUACCUUCUUGGCAACGAGCAAGUAGUGUACCUGCUCAUAAAAGACCACUUGUUUCAGCAAAAGGAUCUAGCACUGCAGGUUCAGUAAGUGAAGAAGCUUUUCAACUGGCAUUUACUGAUGUAAUGAAAUGCAAUGUGUUCUCUAUCAAGCAACUGAAGGAACAAAUCAUGGAGGCAAGUACAACUCUAGAAGAUACUGAUUUAGACUGGAGUCGCCGUAUGAACGCGCUGAAAACAUUGCGAGCAGUGAUUAUUGGUGGUGGUUUAGAUUAUUCUGAUUUUUCGGAGGAAGUACGUGAAAUACAGAAGGCUUUGCUAGUAUCUGUUAAGGAUUUGCGAUCUCAAUUAUGUCGAGAAGCAUGUGUUACUGUAGCUUUUUACUGCGAAAGAUUAGGACUUACUAUGGUUCCAGUAAUAAAUACAUUAAUGCCAACUCUUAUUGGAUUAAUGCAAAAUAGUGCUAAAGUAAUGGCUACUAGUGCACAGCUUGCUUUACAGUACGUUGUUAAAUAUGUAUGUAGCCCCAAAUUACUCCCUCAUUUACAAACUGCAAUGUCUUCAAAAUCCAAGGAAAUCAGAAGGAAUACAGCAUCACUAAUUUUGAUGGCACUAACUGUUUGGGAUGGCAGGAUCGUCGAAAAGAAUAUCAAUAUCUUCUUAGAUUGCAUCAAAGCUAGUAUAAAUGAUGCAGAUCCCGAAACGCGCGGCAUAGGUCGGGAACUUUUUAUGCAGUUGGACCAAGAAUAUAAGAAAUAUGCAGAUAUGUUGUACAAAACUCUAGAUCCAUCAAGGCAGCGGACAUUAGCUGGUUUCGUAUCCCAGUCUUCAUCGUCGCAGUCGAUCAUUUCUGAACGAGAUGCUUUACCGAUUGCUCAAAGAAAUUCGUCUUAUGUCUUUCAGAAAGUUUAUUUACCAAAAGUUUCUCCGUAUAUGCAUCCAGCAAGCCCGCUGUACUAUGCGGGACGCUCGACGUCUGAUAUUGAUCCUGGAGCAGUAAGACGUGUUACGAAUCGUGCUGUGCGAACGAGUUCUAAGUGGGGUGGUCCCCUUCAUCAAGUUAAUGGCAGUCCAUCAACAACUCAAAUGAAACCUCAGACUAUGCAACGUCUAUCUUCUUCAUCUCAAAAAUUCGUUCCAACGUUGCGACGUGUAGCCCCUGUAGCUACUAAUUAUGUCAGAUCCCAACCUGGCAGUCGAAGUACAUCACCUGCUUCUCGACUUCCUGCGCGUGUCCCUUCCAGAGUUCACAUUAAUAGUCGAUUGGGAACGAAAAGUCAGGCAGAUGAUUCAGAAGAUCACGCUUCUGUCAACAGCGAUUCGUUUAGGUUCGAAACUGUGGAACUAGCAACUGCGCUCUCCUAUUGUGGUUCUUCAUCAACAGCAGAAAAAAGAGAAGGAUUAAAGGGCCUUCUCACUAUUAUUUCAAAUGAAAAGCAAAUCAGUGCAGUGGAUUUGAAAAAAAUCGUUGAACGUUUGAAUCCUUUAAUCGGCGAAGGUGCUCAUAAACUUUUGCAACUGCUUGGUGAUACAAUCAUUGCUUUAAUCCGUCGUUAUCAUGAUGAAUUGAAUGAUUGGUUAAAUUUAUUAAUACCAAAGUUAGUGGCCAAAUAUUCAACAGAUGUAUUGCCUAGUAAUAUUGAAAAAUAUGGUGUGAUUUUGGAUGCGGUGCGUCUAAGUUUUGAUCCUGAGAAACAGCUUCAUGCUGUCUGCAAAUUUAUUCGUGAUCCUAUACGAAAUAACGUGAAUGCUAAGAUAAAAUCUGGAUUAUUACUUUACUUGCACAGUCUUAUGAAUGGAAUGGAUUCUGCUCCAUCAAUGAAUCAGAGUGAAGUUCGACAAGCAGUUAGCAAAAUAUUUCAAUGGGUUGAUGAUCCAAAAAACAAUUGCUUGAUAGGAAUCAGUGAGAAAGUGGUGUGCGAUAUGUUCCACCUAAAUGCUAGUGAUUUCACUUCAAUGCUUGCUACUUUUCCAAAUGAUCUGAAAGACCGUCUGCAGGCUAUUGUUCGAAAACAUAGCUUUAGUUUGUCAGUUAGCAAUGGAUUUAAUGCUAAUGAAACUCGUGCAGGUAUACUGGAAACAACAGCUCAGGCUAGUAUUUCAAUUAUUAGCGAUUUUGUUGAUCGGAAAUCAGGAUUUUCCAUGUCAUCAGCUCGUGGUUCUCCGAAUGGUUCACUACGAAAUAGUAUUCCCUCACGACUAAAUAGUGGGGAGGAUCAGAAUGAAUCACUGUCUUCAUAUGUGCUAGAUCCAAAAGCUUUUGCUAAUGAUCUUCAACAGCAAGAAGAAUUAAUAACCAAGAUAGGCGAGGAACUUUCUUUCCAUAAUCAAAGAAAUGAAGAACGCCAAAGAGCGAUGGCUGUACUAUCUCAGAUAACGCGUGAUAAUUUAUUUUCCCUUUGGGAUAAGAAUUUCAAAAUGAUAUUUCUAUUGCUCAUUGAAACUCUUAAGGAUAUUGAUGAAAGUAUUCGUCGGACGGCAUUGAAACUUUUAAAAGAAAUCUGUUUCGCGCAGGCUUCACGUUUCAAUGAAUUUGCUGAAAUGGCACUGAUGCGUGUCAUAGAUGCUUGUACAGAUGAAUCCAAGCUUGUAGUAUCAAAUGCUGAAGAUUGUGGUAUGGUGUUAGCAACUCAUGUGUCAUCUGCAACAUGCCGCCGAGUUCUUUUGGCCAUUAUCAAAUCCAAUGUUGCUGAGGCAAAAAUUUAUGUUGCUAUCAAGUUGUUGACAAAAGUGAUCGAGUCACUGAGUGUUGAGGAACUGGAAUUAAUUUUAGAUGAAGUUGCACCAUCAAUAAUUAAUACUUACAACUGCGACAGUAGUUCAGUCCGUAAAGAAAGUGUGGUUUGUUUGGUAGCAAUGGUCGGCGUUGUAGGGGAAGAACGUAUGGCUCCUUACUUAUCAAAUUUAAGCAAAGGAAAGCAAAAGCUGUUAGAUGUAUAUGUGAAACGUAUGAAAGGGAUUGAGUAA